AUGGAGGUGGCCAAGUAUUCGCGGGGGCAGGGUGCUGACUUGAAGGCGCUGCGGGACAAGAAGUUGAAAGGGCAGCUCAGUGUAAAAGAGAAGCUAUAUGGCCAAUCUGCAAAAGCUGCUGCAAAGGCCGAAAAGUGGCUUAUGCCUAAUGAUGGAGUACUCGGUCCUUAUAAUAUAGGAUACACAUCAAAUGGCCGCUACAUGCUAGUAGGCGGACAAAAAGGCCACCUUGCAAUGAUGGAUAUGUUGCAUAUGGAUCUUAUGAAGGAGUUUGAGGUGAGGGAAACUGUUCGUGAUGUGACAUUCUUACACAAUGAGCAGUUUUAUGCAGUCGCUCAAAAAAAGUACCCCUACAUCUAUAAUCGACAUGGUACAGAAAUUCACUGUCUGAAGGAACAUGGAAAAGCAUUGAAACUCCAAUUUCUGUCUAAGCAAUUCCUCUUGGCAUCAAUAAACAGCUUUGGGCAGCUCCACUACCAAGAUGUGAGCACUGGUGAAAUGGUUGCAAAUUAUAGGACAGGUCUGGGCCGUACCGAUGUUAUGCGGGCCAAUCCUUACAAUGCUGUCAUCGGCCUUGGGCAUGCUGGUGGCAAAGUUACCAUGUGGAAACCAACCAGUGUGAAACCCCUUGUUACCAUGCUGUGUCAUCAUGGCCCGGUGACUGCUGUUGCAUUUGAUAGGGGCGGCAAUCUUAUGGCAACAGCAGGUGUUGACAGGAAGAUAAAGAUCUGGGACCUGAGGAAGUAUGAGGUUGUGCAUUCUUACCCGGCGCGUGCUCAGUCCUUGGAUUUUAGCCAGAAGGGGCUGUUAGCCUGCAGCAAUGGAUCUCAGGUAGAGAUAUAUAAGGAUUUUGGUGGGCAUGAUUAUAAGCUUUACAUGAAGCACAAAAUAAUGAAGGGCUAUCAGGUUGGGAAGGUUUUGUUCCGCCCCUAUGAAGAUAUUCUGGGGAUUGUGCACUCAAUGGGCUUUUCUUCCAUCCUUGUUCCAGGAUCUGGUGAGCCGAACUUUGAUACCUUUGUUGACAACCCCAUGGAAACUACCAAGCAGAAACGUGAGAAGGAGGUGCAUGCUCUCCUUGAUAAACUCCCACCGGAGACUAUCAUGCUCAACCCAAACAUGAUAGCCACUGUAAGAGCUCCAAAGAAGAAAGAGAAGAAGACCAAGGAGAUUGAGGAAGAGAUGGAAGAUGCCAUUGAGGCCGCCAAGAACAUUGAGCGCAAGAAGAAGACCAAGGGUAGGAGCAAACCGAGCAAGCGGGCCAAGAAGAAAGAGGAGGAUGUUUUCAAAGCCAAGAGGCCCUUCCUGGAGCAAUCUGAUAAGAUCGAUGGACGACCUGACAAGAAGCAGCGGAUAGGCGAAGAGGUCGAACUCCCAAAAGCCUUGCAGCGGUUUGCCAAGAAACCACAAUCAUAA